GUAUCAGGUGGAUGGCCAGUUCUCCCGGGUCCAGUUUGGUGUGGAAUUCUUCGCUGUUCACAACGCUCGCGGAUCGGUGACGUUCCGAGCCCGCGGGUGAAGUUCGCGUUCCCAAGAUGGCUUCCGAUGUCGUGAACGCCGGCCCAGCGGGAGGCAGCGAGGAUCGCACCAAUGAGGAACCUCGAAGCAGCGCCAGGGACGCCAACAGCGUCCAACCCGCAGUUCCAGAAUUCAACGUUCCAGUGUUCAGGGAAAGAACAACUAUUACAAUUCAACCAAGGCCAACUGAAGAUUCUGGCAUUCGGCGACCAAUACCAGUUUCAACAAUUGAUUGGCGCACAACAAAUACGACUCACAUCAUCCCAUUGUCUGGCUUGGAAUUUCUUGACGGCCUUCAACAAAUAUGCAUUCAACAGACUGUGGAGUUAAACGACUUAUUAUCGUACAUCGAAUCUGAAAACCGUUACUUAGUGAAGGCACCACAAGGAGGCGAAACUUUGUUUGUGGCUGCAGAAAAGUCUUCCUCGUUCCAACGAACUCUGUUCGGAUCGAACAGAAGUUUUCAAAUCGACUUCUACGACCAGAGCAGGCAAAUGGCCUUCUACUUCAGCAGAAAGCUGCGGUGUACUUCUUUUUUGUGUGGUUGCUGUUUGCAGGAACUUCAGGUGUAUUCGCCGAUCACAGGAUUUGUGGGCACAGUCGAACAGCAGUGGUCGCUCUACAUCCCACUGUUCAUCGUGCGCGAUGAGAACGGCAGGGACUUAUACCGCAUUGUUGGUCCUACGAAUUCAUGCUGCCCUCGCUAUCUCAACGCAGAAUUUCAAGUGUUUGGUACAGACGGCUUCAUGCAAAUCGCGAGCAUCCUGCAUCAUUGGGACCAAGAUCUCGUCUGCUACGUGAUAACUGUCACGUUCCCGUCCCUCGAGACGCCCAACCGGCUGAAGAUUUUAUUCCUCGGUGCUGCUUUCUUAUUGGAAUAUUUGUACUUUGAGAAGUCUAAAAGUGCAAGAUGUUUUACGAAGUGUUUCAAGUGAAAAAUAAUCGUACUCAGUGCGUGACUAAAGGUUGAAUUUGCAAUCAUUAUUGUACACCAAAUAAAUCAAAGUUUAUCAUCUCUGUUAA